AUAGCUGGCCGCGCCUCCCGACAGCUGGGCGCUGGGUGGCGCUGCUCUGCGCGAUGGCUGCGGCGCGGGAGGCCGGCAAGAGGCUCGCCAUCGAGGGAAACAUUGGUAAGGGGUCUGGGGAGGGGGCAGGAGGAGCUCGGGGGUCUUUUCUUCCAUUGUAUGUCGGCAGCGCCGUCCUGCGACUUGGAAGCGCCCGUCCAGCCGGAGGUGGGGGGGGGAGGAACUCUGCACUUGCUCAGAGGCAGCCUUAUUAUUGCCCUGGUCGCUCGGGCCCUUGCACGGUUGCAGGAUAUAUGCCUUAGGAGCAAUGCUCCGCCCCAUUCCCCGUCUUGCUCCAGUUGGGGAAGGCGCGCAGUCUCGGGCUUCGGCGAACCUCCAGGGAAGAUCUUGGUUGGUUGGGUGGUGAUUGAUUUAUUUACUAUAUUUCUAUGCUGCUUUUCAUUCAGGUGAAUAGCAGUCGGUUACAAACAGUAAAUGACAUUCCAAACUCAACGCAAAUCAUAUAGAACAGAUAACAGAUCAUAAGUAAAACCAUUACAAUCCAUAUAGCACCAUCAACUAAAAAGGUUAAAGCAUGAACUGGUGCCUCCGCGAGUGUUCAGAAGUGAAUGGAACUUGGUGGUGGUGGUUGCAAGAGCGCUGUUAGGUUGGGCAGUAUUAUUACACCCCAUAAUAUGCAGAAAGGGAGUGGGGCCAGGGUGAGGUGCCAAGUGGGUCACAUGCACACCAUACGUUUGAAGCACAUGGCAUCCGAAUCCUGGGAACUGUGGUCGCUUAAGAGUGCUGGGUAUUGUAGCUCCUUGAGGAGCAAACUAUAGGUCCCAGGAUUCUUUAUCCAAUAAGGUGAGUGUUGGAAGAUUCAGGACAGGGGGAAAAAAUGCCCUCCUUCAUGCAGCAUGUAGUUUAACUAUGGAACUCACUUCCACAGGAGGCAGCAGUGGUCACCAACUAGGUAAAGGUAAAGGUACCCCUGCCCGUACGGGCCAGUCGUGUCCAACUCUAGGGUUGUGCGCUCAUCUCACUUUAGAGGCUGGGGGCCAGCGCUGUCCGCAGACACUUCCGGGUCACGUGGCCAGCGUGACGAAGCUGCUCUGGUGAGCCAGCACCAGCGCAGCACACGGAAACGCCGUUUACCUUCCCGCUAUAAAGCGGUACCUAUUUAUCUACUUGCACUUAGGGGUGCUUUUCGAACUGCUAGGUGGGCAGGAGCUGGGACCGAAAGACGGGAGCUCACCCCGCCGCGGGGAUUCGAACCGCCGACCAUACGAUCGGCAAGUUCUAGGCACUGAGGUUUUACCCACAGCGCCACCCGCGUCCCUGCUUAAAAUUUAUAUACUGCUUGACUGAAACCCCCACCCACCCUCAGAGCUGUUUGCCAGAAUUAUUCUUAGGGGGAAGCCAUGUGCUCCAAGUAUGUGGUGUGAAUGUUACAUCCCAUCUCCACGGCUCAUUCUCUGCACAACGUAAGCAGAACGAGGUUGCUUUUCCUUUUGCUGAUAUUUGGAAACGCAGUAUAAGGAGGAAUGUUGGCUAAUGGGCAUACGUGCUUUUUGCUCCGCCAGCGGUGGGGAAGUCAACGUUUGUGAGAGUGCUCAGAAAAGCCUUUCCAGAAUGGUCCAUGAUCUCGGAGCCAGUGUCCAAGUGGCAGAAAGUUCAAGCUGCUGGUCCCCACCAGGUAAGAGUCCAGAUGUAAAACUUGUUUGGUCUGUAAGGAACUGAGCUAUUUUGGUUCAGAAUAUUGUAUUCAAUCAACUGGGAGUUCUUCUUCAGUACAAGAAUUCUGAGCAAAGGGGAAACUUGCCUUCUUACCAAAAUAAUCAUUCAGAUAAAAUAACCAUUCACUCUCGUGCAACUUCCUUUGGCACCAAAGAGUAUUCACCCUCUUUGUGCUAAAGCAGGCUUCCUCAAACUCAGCCCUCCAGAUGUUUUGAGACUACAGUUCCCAUCAUCCCUGACCACUGGUCCUGCCUAGCUAGGGAUCAUGGGAGUUGUAAGCCAGAAAUAUCUGGAGGGCCGAGUUUGAGGAAGCCUGUGCUAAAGGUUAUAAGAACACCAGUAGAGCCUGCCGGAUCAGGCCAAUGGCCCAUUGAGUCCAGCAUCCUUUUCUCCCUGUGGCCAAGCAGAUGCCUGUGGGAAACCUUCCAGCAGGGAACGACUGCAAGAGCAGCCCUCUCUCCUCCUGUGGUUUCCAGGAGCUGGUGUUCAGAAGCGUUGCUGCCUCCGACUGGGCAGGCAGAGCACUGCCAUCAUGGCUUAUAUAGCCACAAAUAGCCUUAUCUUCCUGAAUCUUCCAACGUUUGGCUCCCCUGAAUGCCUACAAAUUUUAGUGUUCUGAGAGAGGUAGAAAAAUAUUUCUCUAUCUACUUUCUCCAUACCAUGCAUGAUUUUAUAAAGUUCAAAAAAACUUCUAUAAAGAUUUUUAAAGACUCCAUCCAUCCCCUGUGCUGUUCCUUAUGUGCUUCCAUUUAUCCCAGCUUGCUGGCUGGGACUGAUAGGAGUCCAAAACAUCUGGAGGGCACCAAGUGGGAGAAGGUUGAGCUGGAGGGAGGCGAAGAGAAGAGGAACCUUGCAAUAUCUUCACAUGGCACAGGUUCACAGGCCCUGCUGUGGCCUCCCCCCAGAAAACACGCACUUUGUUUUGUGGUUCCUUUUCCGUUCGGUUCUUAAAUGUUUGUCUCUUAAAUUAUUCCCUGUCACAGGCCUCUCCUUCUCAGAGCUUUGCAAACCUGCUUCAAAUGAUGUAUCAGGAACCCUUGCGAUGGUCCUACACAUUCCAGACUUACUCAUGCCUGAGUCGGCUGAAGGCGCAGCUGGAGCCUCUGUCUGUCAAGCCCCUGAAGAUGUGGGACCAUGUGCGGGUUUUUGAGAGAUCUAUAUACAGUGAUAGGUAUGGUGCCACAGUCCUGUUCCUGAAGUUGGCAGCAGCAGCAACAGUGAGAUGGGGCCACAGGCCAAGAGAAGUGGGGAGAUGUUUGCCUUUUGAAAGAACUGUACACCCCCUUUUGAAAUGUUCUCAAGUAUUCAGUGCCCCCUCUCCAUGUGCAGAGUGCUCUGCAGUUUCUUCCCACGCUUUCAUUGUUGUUGAAUGGUCCUUGCAGUUCCUUCCAACUUAUAAUUGGGGAAACUAAGGAUGGUGCCCCCUUAGCAAGGAAAGCUUUGCCAUUCCUUCCAUUGGAGCCUCUUCCCCACAAGGAAGAGGAAAACCUUCCAUUUUGUAAUGAUGAAUGGAUGCCAAUUGCAAAUACAAUAUUUGGGAAGCUUGGCAGUUUCGCAUUUAUCUCUGACUUGCCUGUUCUUCUUCCUGUGUUUGUUGCUGUGCGGGUGGUUUAACUACAUGGUCCUCCCCCAGGUACGUCUUUGCCAAAAACCUGUUUGAGAUUGGCCACCUGGCAGAGAUUGAGUGGGCAAUUUACCAGGACUGGCACACUUUUCUCCAACAAGCAUUCGGGGAACAGCUUGACAUCCAUGGCUUCCUUUAUCUACGGGCACCUCCAGAGGUAACUGGAAACCUCUGUUAUAUUUAUUAGACACUUCGCCACCUCCCACCCUCAAAAAUGAAAGUCAAAGUGAUUUACAGAAAUGAAGAUUGAAAGCAAGUGUUAGGCCAGAUGGUUCACUCAUGUAGGAGACUGCCUGCUACAUCUCUGUCCGAGUCAUUGCUCUGGCUGCCUCACCUUCUACUCUGCUGAAGGCAGGUAAAUCGGCAGGCUUGUUGCAUUGGAUGUGAAUGGAUCCUUCAAAGUUGGUGCCCUGGGUGCACCUUCUCCCAGUCAGGAAGCAUGUCCGUGAAGGUUUGGGUGGGCUUCUUUAAUCAUAGAAUUUUAGAGGUGAAAGGGACCCAGUGGGUCAUCUAGUCCAACCCCCUGCAAUGCAGGAAUCAAGGCAAGUUUUGACUUGUAUACAUCAGCAGUGGCUCUGCUUUGUUAGCCCAGGGGCCACAUUUUGUACCAGCAAGUUCUCCAGGGGCCGCAGUACGUGUUAGGCAUUGUCUGAAAAGUCGGUGUGAUGACCAACACACCUGCGCAUAUGUGUGCGCACACACACCACACACGCAACACACAUCACACCACUGAGCACUCAUGCAAAGCAGAGAUUGUGAAGGAGGGGAUGGUACUUGGUUGUUCCAGCUAGAAACACAGCAAUUUUCUCCAUUGCAACCCAGAACGCUUUUCCAAUUCAAGAGGGAGAACGGAGAAGACCAUGGAAAGGGAAAGCCAUGAGAGAGUUAGUGUGGCCAGCCAGGUGCCUUUGGGAAAUCCACAAGCAGGAUUAAUAAUAAUAAUUAUUAUUAUUUAUACCCUGCCCUCCCCGGCCAGGCUCAGGGCGGCUAACACCAAUAAAAUCACAGUAAAAACUUAAUAGGGGGAAAAGGGGGGGGGAACCCAAUUAAAAUACAGGUUAAAAUGCAAUUUAAAAUGCAGCCUCAUUUUAAAGUAGCUGAUAAAUCAAGACUAUAAGGGGAGGGAAACAUAAGGGUCAGACUGAGUCCAAACCAAAGGCUGGGUGGAACAGCUCUGUCUUGCAGGCCCUGCGGAAAGAUGUCAAGUCCCGCAUUGCCCUAGUCUCUUGUGACAGAGCGUUCCACCACGUUGGGGCCAGUGCUGAAGAGGCCCUGGCCCUAGUUGAGACCAAUCUAACCUCCUUGAGGCUCGGCACCUCCAAAGUGUUGUUAUUUGUGGACCUUAAGGUCCUCCGCGGGGCAUACCAGGAGAGGCGGUCCCGUAGGUACGAGGGUCAAGCACAAGACACUCUCCCUUCCUGUAGUUUCCAGCAACUGAUAUUCAGAACCCUUUAGCCUUGUAGCCAUCACUGCCUUCUGUGGGAGCAAGUUCCAUAGUUUAACUCUGGGCUGCAUGAAAAAUGGUCUUCCUUCUGUCUGUCUAGAAACUUUCAUUGGAUGUUCAAGAGUUUUAUUGUUACGAGAGAGGGAGGGAAAACAUUUUAUCUAUCCACUCUCUCCACGCCAUGCAUAAUUUUAUAAACUUCUAUCCUGUUGCCAGUUACUCACAAUUUCUCUGAACUAAAAAGUCCCAAGUGCAGCAACCUUUCCUUGUAAGGGAAUCACUGCAUCCCCUUGGCUGCUGUUUUCUGAAGCUUUCCCAACUCUACAAUAUCCUUCUUGAGGUGAGGCUGUAUACAGGACUGUAUUCCAAAUGUGAUCUCAUCAUAAAAUUUGCAUAACGGCAUUACGAUACUGGCAGGUCUAUUUUCAACGCCUUUCCUAAUGAUCCCUAGAAUGGAUUUGCUUUUUUCACAGCUGCUGCAUUCUGGGUCUAUAGAAAGCCACUUGGGGCUGGAUCAGGCUUGCAUUGUUUGCUCCAUUGGUAAACCUCCUUGGGUGUGAGAGUGAAGUGUGCCUCUCUGGCAGAACAGGAGUUGCUGGUUUUAAGGCAGUGUGGGGCUCUGGCGCUCAUGGCACUGGCCAAUGAAUUUCCCUUUCCCUCCUUUCAGAUCUGCAUGGAAAGAUUGCGCCAAAGAGGGAGGCCUGAAGAGAAGGAGGUCCAGCUGCGCUACCUGGAGCAGCUUCACACUCAACACGAACAUUGGCUCAUGGAGAAGAGCACAGAGUGAGUCAUGGGCGGAGCAGCAGAGAGCUGGCUUCAGUGGGAAGGCAGUUGUGGCGCCGCAGGGAGCGUCUGCUCUCUGCGCUUGAGCCUCUUAAUUUUGGUUGCACGCGGUUGUGUCACGUGGCAGGUGUAUGUUGGUGCCAGAGCACCUGCCUGAUUCCACACGGAAGAGAGAAGCAUGCAGCCAAGCCACAGUUCCCGUCACCUGGAGAUGAGGAUGAGGAUUUACAUCCCACCUUCUUUCCUUCAAGGAACUCAAGGCGAUGUAUAUGGUCCUCUCGCUCCCUGUUUUAUUCUCACAACAACUCUGUGAAGUGGGUUCGGCUCCAAGACAGUGACUGGCCCAAGGCUUCUGAGUGAGGAUUCGCAUCCAGGUCUCCCAGGUCCUUGUCCAACACUUUAACUGCUAAACAUAACUGCUGCUGGGCUAUGAUGCUGAACAGCAGAAAGGGCCAAAAGGAACCAGGAAGUCUUGGUAGCACAGAAAUGGGUGGGCUAAAGACCACGAAGUGCAGGAGGGCAGCUGUGUACAGACGGGUGCUGUGUCCUGGGCUGCGCACAACUCGGGCCCCAAAAUAAGAUACGUGGCAGGCAACAUUUGGAAGUGGGCCAUGGGGUGUAUUUGCCAUUCGCUUCCCAACCAGAAUCCUUAACAGUCUCUUGCUCACCAGACACAAUUAGUGGGCUCUGGAUCACUCAAGAGCAGCUUUCCUAACAGUAAGUCAGGCCUGAUCCAGAUUACUCUUUUAUGAUUAAUUUGGGAUUACUUAUUGGCAGAAUUUUUAUCCUUUCCCAUUGUCACAGUUUACAGGCCACUACUGUGUUAGUUGCAGUGUUGUUGCAAACCAGAGAGAGGCUGGAAGUUUCCGUUCUGCAGUGGGAGCGAUGUGUGAAAUCACAAGCUAGCUCAGCCUUCUCCAACUUUGUGCCCUCCCCAUGUUUUAAGCUGCAACUCCUAUCAGCUCCAGCUAACAUGGCUGUGCUCCCAUCAACUCUGGCACACUGGCUGGGGCCGAUGGGAGUUGAAGACCCAAAUCUCCGGAGGGCAUCAAGUUGGGAAAGGCUGCUCUAGGGAUUAAGUCGUCGUCAUCCUUUAUUUUUUAUUCAUUCUGUUCCAUUUAUGAAUGCUUCCUGUAGUGACUAAGAAUAAAAACAAGUUUGUAUAUUUUAAACAAGUUCAAAGCCAAUCCAUGCGCAGACUGGGAUAAAAAUCUCUACUGCACUUCUUUUAAACCUGCAAGAUGUAUGUUCUCAUUUUGCAUGCUUUAUUCUGAACACAUUGCUAGGGUUUUCCAACUGUUAUUUAGCAGGAAGAGAGGCAGGAAGGAAUUAUUGUUGCUUUACGCCAGCAGUUAAGGCGACUACAACUUCACCCCUCCACCAAAAAGCAGAAGAGACUGUAAAUUACAGGUGCCCAAUGUUAUCUUCCUUGCUGUUUAAUCAGUAAAACACAUCUGACAGCCUUGCAUAUUGUGCUCACUUACAACUGAGCUUCUGGAAUCCAGUGAGUCUUUGGGUGGUGAUGUCUUCACUCAGCUGAGCUCUCUUGCCACACAGAGCCUGUCCAUCAUAUUCUGAACCUUAAUCAGUGGAAGCAAAGCAGAUGAACUUCCAUGUUUUGCCUUGAUCUUUCACCCCCAGUCCUCUUGCUCUCAACCUAUAGUUAGUCAUAUCCAUCUUAAAGAAUAAGUGUGUUUUCCAGUUCUACAUUAUUAGUUUUCAGAACCAAGCUUUUUUAAAGCUUACAUAGUUGUAUAGUACGGGCAAAAGCAGCAGAGUAACUGUCAAGCAUGAUCAGAACAUGGGACUAUCUGAUCUCCCCUUUCCACUGCUUGUGAAUUCUAAAGAUUUAAUUCAUUUUAAAUGAAGCCCAAUUCUAUAUCCCUACUUACAGUGGUACCUUGGGUUACAGAGGCUUCAGGUUACAGACACUUCAGGUUACAGACACUCCAGGUUACAGACUCCGCUCACCCAGAAAUAGUACCUCGGGUUAAGAACUUUGCUUCAGGAUGAGAACAGAAAUCGUGCGGCGGCAGCAGUGGGAGGCCCCAUUACCUAAAGUGGUACCUCAGGUUAAGAACAGUUUCAGGUUAAGAAUGGACCUCCAGAAUGAAUUAAGUUCUUAACCCAAGGUACCACUGUACUCAUAAAUGUGGGGCACUCCUCCUUUCUUAUUCUGACAUGUUUCUUCUUGUGAUGAUGCAGACAUUUGCCCAAAACUUUGUCUCCCUCACUUGUGUCCCUCUUGAAGUUGCAUGUAAUACUAAACUGUAGUCAGAAACAAACUAUGGCUUACUGUGAAUUUGUGUGUUUUUCCACACAGUUCCAAUUGCACCCACCCUUUGCCAAGCUGGGAGUAAACAAAACUACUGUGCUAGCUUAGCAUUUUGUGUGAACCAGCAUUGGUAGUUUGCAUCUCUCCAAAGAAACUAGUAAGUCAAGAAGAAACCUUGACUUCCGCCCAUGGUUUGUUUGGGUUAGUGUUUGCACACAACCCUAAUCCAAUACUGUUGUUUGUUUCCUCCCAGUUGCCAAAUGGAUGAGCAGAGUGGGUGUGAUUUGAGCAGCACGUAUCAGCUUGCUAGCACAUUCAUAGUAAACUAUAGUUUGUUUCUGACCAUGACUUACUGUUAGGUGAAAGCCAAGCCAUUAACUAGCUUGUCCCAUCCUUCCUCACUAUAGCCUGUCACUACAAACACACACCAUUCCCUGUAUCCUAAGUGAAGGCAAAUAGAGAAAGCAGAGGUUUGGCUUGCAGUGAGGUGGCCAGUGACCUGUGGUGUUGUGAGCCUCAGUGUUACCUUAGACGAAGAAGUUUGGGGCUGAAAGACGGAGGCAGAGCGUGGGUGCAUGGAGGCUAGAUUGUUAAGUGAGCACAUUGCAGAAAAUGCUUGCUGCUUACAUGAUGCAGAAAUUAAGGUUGGCACCUUAAGUUACAAUUUCUACAUUUUGGGAUGUGCGUAAUGGAAUUAGUAAGUGCCUUAAAAAACGUGGUUUUUUUUAUCUGAAGGUAGAAUGUAUUUGGCUUUGUUUCAAGGAAAUGCAUUGAAUUAUAUGAGUCACGGUGAUGGUGCAAAGCAGCAAAAUUUAGCUUCACUGUGGGUGUAUAAUAAUCAACAUAUGCACUAUGCUUCAAGAUGUUGAAAGCUCUAUCUCUGUGUAAUAAUCUGCAAUCCUUGCAUGAAGCUGCAAGAGAGGCUGUUUUAUAAAAUUAUUGCUGGUUUUAUUAACUUCACAGUGUGAUCAACAGUUCAAGGAGUAGAUUUGGUAUACUGUAUAGUAUAAGCCAGGGACGCGGGUGGCGCUGUGGGUUAAACCACAGAGCCUAGGCGGUUCGAAUCCCCGUGACGGGGUGAGCUCCCAUUGCUCGGUCCCUGCUACUGCCAACCUAGCAGUUCGAAAGCACGUCAAAGUGCAAGUAGAUAUCGGCGGGAAGGUAAACGGCGUUUCCGUGUGCUGCUCUGGUUCGCCAGAAGCGGCUUAGUCAUGCUGGCCACAUGACCCGGAAGCUGUACGCCGGCUCCCUCGGCCAGUAAAGCAAGAUGAGCGCCGCAACCCCAGAGUCGGCCACGACUGGACCUAAUGGUCAGGGGUCCCUUUACCUAUAGUAUAAGCCACUUUUAUCUCCAAAUUGCUCUGGGAUGGCAAUAUGGUAAAGCUGAGGAUUACAACAGGGGCAGGAAUCUUUGGGUCUGUAGAGAGAAUGCGCCCCCAGACCUCUUUGUCUGGCCCUUGGAACAUUCCCCAGGCCAUGCCCCUCACUGACCCUGCUUCACACCCUUUUGGGCCUGGCUGGAAUGUAAGCUUGAACUCUUGAUUGUCUGGAUGGAUGAUGGAGGGGUGUGUGUGUGUGUGUGUGUGUGUGUAGAAACUACCCUACUACACAAAGGUAAAAUUUCCUUUUUUUAAAAAAAAAUAAUAUUUAUUAAAGUUUCAAAGGGGAAAAAAAUCACAUUAGUAAAAAAAUUAACAAUGAAAAGGAAAAAUACAAAGUAGAAAAAAAGAAAAAACAGUUAAAAACAAUUCAAUCUUUUCCUCACUUCUUUUACGUUUACUUGUUUCCCGGACCUCCUCAUACCUACCUCUUUUGUAUUCCAAUUAAAUUUGUUAAUCCAACAAUUCCUUUCCCUCCUUUUUAAUCCUAAUCUUUAAUCUUGAUAUAUUAUAACUUUAAAUUUUUACAUAUUAAAAACCAAUUUUUCCAUAUUCUUUUGUACCUGUACAGCUAGAAACCACUUAACUUCAACCCAACAUCAUUCUAACAUUCAUUAAUUUUGCAAUAUUUCUGUAAAUAGUCUUUAAAUUUCUUCCAAUCUUCUUCCACCGACUCUUCUCCCUGGUCACGGAUUCUGCCAGUCAUUUCCGCCAAUUCCAUGUAGUCCAUCAUUUUCAUCUGCCAUUCCUCCAGUGUGGGUAGAUCUUGUGUCUUCCAGUGCUUUGCAAUGAGUAUUAUUGCUGCUGUUGUAGCAUACAUAAAGAAAGUUCUGUCCUUUUUUAACACCGAUUGGCUGACUAUGCCCAGGAGAAAGGCCUCUGGUUUCUUCAAGAAGGUAUAUUUAAAUACCUUUUUUAGUUCAUUAUAUAUCAUCUCCCAGAAAGCCUUAAUCUUUGGGCACGUCCACCAAAGGUGGAAAAAUGUACCUUCAGUUUCUUUACAUUUCCAACAUUUAUUAUCAGGCAAAUGGUAGAUUUUUGCAAGCUUGACUGGGGUUAUGUACCACCUGUAUAUCAUUUUCAGGUAAAAUUUCCAUUCAUUCUUCUGUCACCAGUAUGUGACCCCGAGAAGAUUGUCUAAAGGGAAUGUGGCCCCUGGUCUGCAAAAGGUUCCCCUUGCUCUGCUUUCAACAACCUUGGCAUGUAGUGCACUGAAGGGAAUGAGGUGAAUUAAUGAGACAACUCAAAGUCAAUGCAGAUGAGAUCAUUCAAGGAAGUGAGCUGAACUACCCACUGUAACUGAAGCCACAAUAUUGAUUGUAUAGUGAAAAGAAUUAAGGAAAUAACAUUCUUAUUGCCCCCACAGGAUUCAUUCUGAAAACAUAAGAAAUGCUCCAGUCUUGCUGCUUGAUGUCACAAAGGACUUUGAGGAUGACACAAAUGAACAAGGGAGGCUUAUGUCCCAGGUAAGAUUUCACUUCUGUGAAAUGUGAAAGCUUUGGUAUAAUGCACAAAACUUGCGUUUUCUUCCGUCAGAUUAAAGUUGGCACCGUAAGCUACCAAUUUGCCUUAAUUGUGUGCCUCUUAUUCACUGGAACUAACAUGGCAACAACUGAACAAACAAUUGUUUGGAUUUUAUUUGAAGAUCUGUUUCCUCUUUUUGUAGGUGAAGACUUUUAUAAAGACUCUCUCAGGGGAGGCUUUCCCUUCUGCGUCUACCGCUGCCUCCUAGCCCAGGAGCUCAAAGCAGGCUCCUCUGAGUGGAUGGCCACCAAGAAGAGGCCAAGAGAAAGCAGUCCUUGAUGGUCAACUCCAUUGGGAGUUAAGAGCUCGGCCAAGUCAGAGGUGCUUGCAAGAAUUAAAGGUCUCUCUGCUCAGUACUUGCAGGGAAAGAAGCUCUCUGGGCAGCAAAAUCCCAACCUAGUCUACAGAUAGAAAGAAGAAUUGCAGCAGGUGAAAGAGAGGGAUGUUGGGGGCAAUUUCGCUUGGGCUGGGUGAGCUCAGAAGCCACACAGAGGCCUCUGUUCGGUCAAGUGAGAGAUCAGUCCUCUGAUCUCUUGCCUGGAAAGGGCCUGGCAGGGUGCUCUGCCACGUGAGAGAGUGGUGGCCCAUUUAAUAGAUUUGGGCAGUGGUGCAUCUACUUAAUUUUGUUGGUACUGGCUACCAGUGGCUCCUUUGCCAUGAUUCUGGACCUGCUCCCUCUCCAACUUCUGCCUGCUGCAUUUUCUCAGGGUGGGGAGUCUCAAGUUGUUGAGUCUAUAUGUGCCCUCAAUUCCUGCUACUUACUGUGACAUGGCAUGAUAGCAAUAGACACCUUGGGCUCACUUCUGUAAUAUAUUAUUUUUAAGCACCCUGCACUUAGACACCCACUUGAAUUUCCUAGGCACUGUGGGACCGUCUAACAGUGCCCAGUUCCUGUGCAUCUGCACACCUUUCCAUUGUCUGUGCAUCAAUAGCCUCCCCCUUGGAGAAGAGAGAUUGGAAACUGAUUGACACCGAAUUCAGGGACCAACCGAGGAAUCUCGAAGGUUCGGAGUGUGAAGAAUAGACUGAAUUCUGUACAGUUGUGUUAGUGUCUGUAUGUGGCAGAUGUAAAAAAACCAGACAUGUACUUGAGUUUUUCAAGGGGCUGUUGUCUCUUCUGCUGCUUCCCACCCCCAGUGCAACUCUUACUUAUGUGAUGGAGGCCUCUUGGGCUAUAGCAUCUCUGUGCAUGAAGGCCACUGCAUGGUUGAUGUCACACACAAAUAUAGCAACUGUACAUUGUUUUUGAGAAUACUUUUCACCUUCUUUAUCUGCCUUUAUCACAUUUCCAUGAAAUUUAUCAAGUUUAUCCUACAACCAUAGCCCUCUUCAUUCAUUGCUUGUGCAAAGGGGCAACAUGGAUACAAAGGUUUUAAAUUUUUUGUAGAUUUUCCUUCAGCACAAGCACCUGCAAAGUUCCUUUUAAAAGAAAUGGAAUAAAUGGGAUGUCUGUCUAUGAGCAGUCCAGUUUAAAGUUUAAGAUAGCCCUGUGGUAUAGUAUCUUAAGACGCUAGAGGCGCACAUAUCACCAUGAAUUUUGCAGAGAGGAUAUGAAAAGUAUGCCCAGUGCCUCUGUGGAUAGUAAAGUUCACGAAGUUGACUUUGGGAAACUGGAAUAUGGAUGUCCAAGUAUUUUUGUCCAUGCAUGUUUCAUCCUUUUCUCCUCAAGAAAUAGUCCUGUUGCAUUUGAUCUUGCCUUUCCAAGUCUCACUAAACCUAUAUAUGCAAGUUCAUCAGCAGUAGAUGGAAUGACGUGUCAACCCCUUACUUUUUGUACAUAGCAUUAAAAUUCAUGCACCAAUUAUAAAUAAGCAACAGUACAAAACACUCCCUUUUUAAUGCAGUGCUUUUAAUGAUGGGUGUUGUCAACAUUUAAUUUAUCUCUCUUCUAAUGUAUAAAAUUACUGUAUUUUUUUUAAGGCUGCUGUGUGUGAUUAUGGCCUGUGUCCAGUGGUCUGUUGAAGUUCAGAGAUUCUGUUUCCAAAGCUGCUUGCAGUAUCCUUAGAAAGUUUUGGAUAAACCAUUUCUGCCACUGGGCUAUUGUCCUUAUAUACUCAGUUGCACUGGGGGCAUCAACAUUUACUGCAGCUGAAGAAAUGUGUAUGGGGGAGGGCAGCUGCUGGAGAUCCCCUCCUCACAGUGUUCUUGAAUGUUGGGUCCCUGGGUGUGGUUGGGUUCUCAAUUCCCAUCAUCCCCAGACAGCUUAGCUGGGAGGACAGGGAGGAGUAGUCCGGAACACUUUUCUCCUUUAUGUUUUUUACUACAUCUAGUUGAUAGUUUCUGUCCCUGCGCAAGGAUAUCGUUAGCAUGUUACAAAAUCCUCUGGUUGCAGCCCUCUUUGUGUUGCUUCUGUGUAAACAUGCAGUUGACCCUGAAGAUGUACAUGCUUCUUGGAGUUGAAUGGGAGCAACCACAGAAGUGGUGUCAGCAAUUGACUUCUGUGUUCCAGUCUUCUACUCAUCUCAGCCUCCCCCAUUAAGAGGAAGGCUGCUUCUGUACCACUAUAAUGUGCUUUUUAAAAGAUUCAGUACGCUGUUAAACCUUUCGUUUGUAGAUAACUGCAUUCUUCUCAAAUUUGUACAGUUGCUACAGUUAAAUCAAGGUCCGUAUAGUUAAAGCUCUGGUUUUCCCAGUAGUGAUGUAUGGAAGUGAGAGCUGGACCAUAAAGAAGGCUGAUCGCCAAAGAAUGGAUGCUUUUGAAUUCUGGUGCUGGAGGAGACUCUUGAGACUCCCGUGGACUGCAAGAAGAUCAAACCCAUCCAUUCUGAAGGAAAUCAGCCCUGAGUGCUCACUGGAAGGACAGAUCCUGAAGCUGAGGCUCCAAGACUUUGGCCACCUCAUGAGAAGAGAAGACUCCCUGGAAAAGACCCUGAUGUUGGGAAAGAUGGAGGGAACAAGGAGAAAGGGAUGACAGAGGACGAGAUGGUGGGACAGUGUUCUCGAAGCUACCAGCAUGAGUCUGACCAAACUGCGGGAGGCAGUGGAAGACAGGAGUGCCUGGCGUGCUCUGGUCCAGGGGGUCACGAAGAGUUGGACACAACUAAACAACAACAGUUAAAUCAGUAAAACGAGUAACUUUAAACACGGAGAAAGGGAGUAAAUAAAAGUUUGCUUUCCUCUCAU